AUGAGCAACAAAAUAUCAAAUCUUACAUCCACACAAAAUAAGCCCCUCCUCGUUACGCAACAACUAAUUGAAAAAUAUUAUGAACAGAUUCUAGGUAGCUCUCAGAAUAUCAUUCCCAUUCUAAAACCCAGGACCAAAUCUAGUAAGCCUCGGAAGGAUAAUGUCAAUGCUGGAAGAGUGGAGGUAGAUGCUAGGGGAAGACUGCAAGAUAGUAAGGGUAUGAUUACCAACCAAGUAAAGUUUAAUUUAGACACCGGAGAUGAGGAGAAAUUAGAUGACGAGCAAGAGACUGUCACAGAAAAUGAUAGUAGCGAUAUAGAUAUGGAGGAUGUGGACGACGACGAGGGGGAAGAAGAAGAAGAAGAAGAGGAGAGAGUAUCUUUGGCAAGUAAAUGCAAAUCAUUUCUUUACAAUGUCUUUGUGGGAAACUAUGAAAGAGACAUCCUUAUUGAAAAAAUCUCCUCCCAGAAGCAACAUGCCAUGUGUUUUGAAGAAUGGUGUUCUGCGGGCGCAAGGCUGGAUGAACUCACUGGGAAAAUAGCGUGGAAACAAAAACUGGAGUCGCCCCUAUAUGAUUACAAGCUGAUAAAAGAUCUAACAUCCAGACUGCGCGAGGAACGGUUGAACAGAAACUACUCUCAACUAUUAUACAUCAUCCGGACCAAUUGGGUACGCAAUCUGGGCAACAUGGGUAAUGUAAACCUUUAUAGGCAUUCUCAUGUUGGUACAAAGUAUCUGAUAGAUGAAUAUAUGAUGGAGUCCAGGUUAGCGCUAGAAUCACUAAUGGAGUCCGACCUUGAUGAUAAUUAUCUACUGGGUAUACUACAGCAAACAAGACGGAAUAUCGGCAGGACCGCUUUGGUCCUUAGUGGGGGUGGUACUUUUGGCCUUUUCCACAUUGGUGUCCUCGGUACAUUAUUUGAACUCGACGUGUUGCCAAGGGUGAUUAGUGGCAGUAGUGCUGGUGCCAUUGUGGCCAGUAUAUUAUCAGUCCAUCAUAAAGAAGAAAUCCCUGUUUUGCUAAACCAUAUCCUGGAAAUGGAAUUCAAUAUUUUUAAGGACGAUAAACAGAAAAGUGAAAGUGAGAAUUUACUAAUCAAAAUAUCCAGGUUUUUCAAAAACGGUACAUGGUUUGAUAAUAAGCAUCUAGUAAAUACAAUGAUAGAAUUUUUGGGCGAUUUGACCUUUAGAGAGGCGUACAACCGAACCGGGAAAAUUUUGAACAUAACAGUUUCCCCUGCAUCGUUAUUUGAACAACCACGUUUGCUGAACAAUUUAACUGCACCCAACGUUCUCAUUUGGUCAGCAGUAUGUGCAUCAUGCUCAUUACCAGGGAUUUUCCCCUCGAGUCCGCUAUAUGAAAAGGACCCCAAGACAGGGGAAAGGAAAGCUUGGACCGGAAGUAGUUCUGUCAAGUUUGUUGAUGGUUCUGUGGACAAUGAUUUACCCAUAUCUCGUCUUUCUGAAAUGUUUAACGUAGACCAUAUUAUCGCAUGCCAAGUGAAUAUUCACGUUUUCCCCUUUUUGAAACUAUCAUUAUCCUGUGUGGGCGGGGAGAUUGAAGAUGAGUUCAGUGCAAGGCUGAAGCAAAACUUGUCGAGCAUAUACAAUUUUAUGGCCAAUGAGGCUAUUCAUAUUUUAGAAAUCGGAAGCGAGAUGGGAAUUGCAAAAAAUGCUCUGACAAAAUUAAGAUCGGUGUUAUCUCAACAAUAUUCUGGUGACAUUACUAUCUUACCUGAUAUGAAUAUGCUUUUCAGGAUCAAAGAGCUAUUAUCAAAUCCGACAAAGGAGUUUUUGUUAAGGGAAAUUACCAAUGGGGCAAAGGCUACGUGGCCCAAAAUAUCCAUUAUUCAAAAUCACUGCGGCCAGGAAUUUGCUUUGGAUAAGGCAAUCUCUUAUAUAAAAGGCAGAAUGAUUGUCACUUCCUCUUUGAAAAACCCCUUGCAGUUUGCAGAUUCGGCUAUUGGUUUAAUCAAAGCCCCAGAGCAAGUCCCAGAGGAAUCCAAAGAUCCAGCAAAUGUGACGUUACUAACCAGAACACCAACAAAGGGCGAGAAAGCCGGUAAUCAUAUUGCCAGUGUAUUGGAUGACUACUUGUUAGAAUCCGAAUCUACCAACUCUUUAUUAUUGCUAAGAGAAAAUGCAAGCACGUAUGGGCGUUCGCCCUCCGGCUUCAGACCAAGGUAUUCCAUAACAUCUGCUUCGUUGAAUCCGCAUCAUCAAAGAAGAAAAUCGGAUACUAUUUUCACUUCAAGAAGACCAGGAAAAUCUUUCUCAUUUUCAGUUGCCUCUCCAACAUCGAGAAUACUAAGACAAUCUAAUAAAAUCAAUGGACACCCACCCCCAAUUCUGCAAAAAAAGGCAUCCUCUGGCCGAUUGAUGUUCCCUGUGGACGUCAAAGCCUAUGGUUCAGAAAGCCAUGAGCUUGUCCCACAUUCUGCUAGUAUUGAAACACCUACAAUGGUAGACAAGAAACUGCAUUUUGGCCGGAAGAAUAAAUAUCUAAAGCAUCUGAACAAAAAAUGGGUUAGCAAUGGGAACGCAUUGUACACAGAUCCAGAGAAGGAUGAACAUCCUACAUUAAGGCUAAUCAGCAAUGUCGAUUCGAACGCAAUGAUACACCACGAUCUUGCAAAUACUUUUAGACGUCAUAGCGUUGAUGGAAGACCACCUUCUCAAGCCAUAAAGAGCUCGCCAUUUCGCUCAAGGCCUUCAUCUUCAGCACAGCACAAGAGCACUAAUAAUGUUACCCAAUAA